AAAUCAAUAAAAGAACUACGUCGUCAGGUCGUCAAAGAAAAAGUUGUGAAAAAACAACAGUAGAUUGUUUCAAAAUGUCGAUAACGUCCAAAAUUUCUCCCGAUUCUAGAUUCAAUAUGCAAAAAAAUGAUAAAUGUUAUAAAGAAUUUCAUGAGUUGUUGAAUCGAGUGAAAGAAAAUUCAAUAGAGCCUUUUCAAUUUUUGAAUAAUGUUUUAAAAGAAGUCAACGAUGAUGACGAUAUUCAAAGAUCUAUGAAACGAACAACUUAUACAGAUAUUGAUUUUCAAUUAGCUUCCUUGAUGAAACGAAUCGAAUCAAAUGUGUCAAUUUUGGAAAAGACAAAGCAGCGUAUCAAGGAUAUUAAUUUUAUCACAGAGAAGAAUAAAAUUCUCGCCUCGAGUGAAUUAAGUGACAAUAAGGAAACAUCACAGAUAAAUGAACAGGAGAAAUUAAAAAUCGAAUUAAGUAAUGAGCAUCCUGAAAUUGAUGCAGUUCAACAUAUGUUGAACAGCACUUUGCAAAUUGUGCAAGGCAUAAAGAAAAUUACCAUCGACGAUCUAGAUUCUAAAAUGCAUUAGUCCCGUCGAUUAAAAUAACAUAAUAAUCACUU